AAAGCUUUCACCAGAAAAGAUAAAACAAAAGUUGAAAGGGAGAACCAGAGGAAGGAAGGAGACGACCACCACCACAACGCAUCUCAGCUCAGCUCUUCUUUUAAUCCAUGGCAGACAAGGGCCGCCCGUUGCCAAAGUUUGGCGAAUGGGAUGUAAAUGACCCUUCAUCAGCUGAGGGAUUCACUGUUAUCUUCAACAAAGCUAGAAACGAGAAAAAGGGAGGUGGUAAAUCCGACUCACCAGGGAGAGAUGAACCUGGAUAUAAUAAAAACGGGGAGGUUCUUGAGAAACCCGCCAAGAAAUGGUUUUGCUGUAUAAAAUCCACUGGCGCAGAAUAAGUGGACAAGUGUUUGCCUUUGGAAGGUCGUUUAUCUAUAUCUAAAAAUCAUACUGCAUCAAGAAGACUGGAGCUUGUCUGAGAAGCCAUGACAGUCACUUUUGGAUUCUGGUCGGAAAUGUUUGGAGUGGUGUAUUUAGUGACUCCGGUUGUUUUGCAAGGAUGAAUGUAUUUAGAUAACAACAAUAUCGUUUCUAUGUAUUGGUGUGAUGGGUUGUAUUCUUCACUUGUGAGUUAUGACAACAUAAUAUUGCUAUUUCUCU